AACGGCGAGUGUGUUGCUUCAUAAAACACAAGAUUGGUCCCUCAUGAUCGAAAAAGUGACGCAGUGAAGUGGACGCUUCUCUGUGAUUGAGAGCUUGGAUCAAAAAAUCUUCCUCUGCCAUGGAAGGCGAAUCAGUUGGCGACAAUGCCUCCCUCAUCAAUUCCUUCUGCGAGAUCACUUCUUCUUCAAGGGAAGAAGCCAUCUUCUUCUUGGAAAGCCACAACUUCGAUCUCGACGCUGCCGUUUCCACCUUCUUCGACAACAAUAACAACAACGCUACCGCCAACAACAACCCUAUUAUCGAUCCCAACGUUGUUGUGAACGAUAACCCUGACAGAGUCUCGCGCCCAAUUCUCACCUCUGUGGCUUCGUCUCCGGAGUCUCCGUCCGAAUCCCACUCCCCUGAUUUCUCGCCGUCGCAAUCGCCUUCGCGAUCUCGGUCGGCUUCUCCGACGCUGUCUCGGGCGCCGUAUGAACUUCGAUCUCGGAGGAAUCGGGGUAAGUCAGCUGGGAAGGCCUCCGGAAGCCGUUCGGGGAGAAUUCGGACGCUUUCUGAUUUGAAACGGUCCGUGCGUGAUAGUUCUGAUUCUGAUUCUGAUGAAACCCAGGAGUAUUAUACUGGAGGGGAGAAGAGUGGCAUGCUUGUCCAAGAUCCCACCAAAGGUAACAGUGUUGAUGAUUUUUUUAACCAAGCAAGACAGUCUGCUGUUGAUGUCCCUUCUGAACAUCCUCAAAAGUCUACAAGUUUUACUGGAGCUGCAAGACUGCUUUCUGGUGAGACAGUGCAUAAUGCUGCUCCUCCCCCAGAAGUUGUUACACACACAAUCACUUUUUGGAGGAAUGGGUUUUCUGUUGAUGAUGGACCUUUAAGGCGUUUAGAUGAUCCACAAAAUGCAUCCUUUCUUGAGAGUGUAAAGAAUUCUGAGUGUCCCCGAGAACUUGAACCAGCAGAUCGAAGGACUUCAGUCCAUGUUGAUCUCAUACGGCUGGAUGAAAACUACCCUGAACCUGCGAAGCCCCGGCACCUUCCUUUCCAUGGGGUUGGAAGAACUCUAGGUAGCAGCAGCUCCACCAGCGAAGCUGCUGGUGAACCUAUUCAAACAACUGUUGCUGGUAGUACUCCAAACACUGCUCCAUUGCCUUCAAUGGGUUUAGUUGUAGAUGAAUCACAGCCAGUGACAUCAAUCCAGCUGAGGUUAGCUGAUGGCACUCGCAUGGUUUCUCGCUUCAAUCACCACCAUACAAUUAGAGACGUUCGAGCUUUCAUCGAUGCAUCAAGACCUGGCGGAGCAAGAACUUACCAACUUCAGACAAUGGGUUUCCCUCCCACAAAACUUGCUGAUUUGGAUCAGACUAUAGAGCAAGCAGGUAUAGCCAAUUCAGUUGUCAUUCAAAGAUUGUAGGUUUGCCUUACUGUCAUAUACAGGCCAACUUGAAGGCACCACAUUUAUGAUUACAGGUUAUUCUACAUUUUACAUUAGUAAAUUUAUUUUCCUAAAAUAUCUGUUGUUAGUAUGCUUCUUCACAGAUUUCUUUGAUGAAGAAAAAUGCUGGUUGACUGAUAGCAUUAGAUUAUU